ACUACAAACAAUCCAAGAUGGCGGACCAAAAUAAUGAAACAGUAGAUAAAGUCUCGGAGGAAACAAGUCUAACUCCAGCGGAAAACGUUGAAUCGGGUUCGCCGAGGAGGCCAAGCAUAGGUAUUGAAGAUUUCGACUUCACAAACAACACGGAUAAAACCGUAGAAACUGGCACCAGUCCACAAACUGGAGACCAAGACGAACAAGCACCUGUGUCUUCAGACAACAAAGAAACCUCUUCAAAUGAACAAGUACCCGAAGGCAGAAUGGACACAGCAUCUGCCAAAGAAAGACCAUCAAUAGAGGCUAUAGAGAACUUGGCGAUGCCUGAGCAAGAAGAUGGUCCACCAGUUGAAACAGUUGCGCAACCAUUGUCAAGAGAAGCCAGUGUUGUUUCAGAAAGGAAAUCAGCAGAUGGUGAUGUGGUUGGUAGCAAAGAAAUACCAGACCCAACCCAGACACCACCACCACCUGCUGUAAUGGUGGAUGGUACAACGAUAGAUGAGAUUGAUAAUACACAAAUUAUUAACAUCUUAUCACCGGAAGAUGGCGAGGUUCAAUCAAUCGCGUCUUCGAUUGAGGUUCCAGUUUACAACAGAGCAGAACUUUUGGAAAGAUACCAGCAAGCUGUGGAGGAACGGUCCGCAUUACAGACCUUAAACUCGCAAUUCCAACAUAAACUCGCGGAAUAUUUCAAGAAGAAAAAGACGGACGACAGACAACAAGAAAUUGAGAAGAAUGUCAGCGAUCAGGAACAAAGAUAUAUUAAAUAUUUAGCAAAUUUGGAUGAAUUGCAAACUGAUCUCUCGAGCGAACAAGAAAGCUACAAGGAACAAAUCGAGGAAUUGAAAGAAAGAUGCUCAGAAAAGCAGUCGAAAGUUCAGGAAGUGAGGGACGAGUUCAGGAAACACAAGUCAGAUAUCGCGAAGCAAGCUUUAAACAGUAGAUCCGGACGGCAAAUACCGAUCAAAGAUAUUGAACAAUAUCAACAGCUUGAACAGAAAAAGGACCACGAAGUCAUGUUGGUCCGUCUUGAAAACAUAAAGCUUAAAAACAGACUUAAAAAGAGAGAGAUGCAACUAAAAGCGAAGGAGGAAUUAGCCGAGGGCCUUCAUCUCAUCGACUUUGAGCAGCUCAAAAUCGAGAAUCAAACUUAUAACGAGAAAAUCGAGGAACGAAACGAGGAGCUACUAAAAUUACGUAAAAAGAUCACAACGACUGUUCAAGUUUUAACCCAUUUGAAAGAGAAACUACAGUUUGUUCAAGGCGAAAAUGGAGAACAAAGAAACAAACUUAAAACUGUUGAUGCGAACGUUGCCCAGAAACGUGACAUCUUGACCAGAACAAAGCAAGCCAGAGAUGCAUUGCGUAUCGACAAUGUGAAGCUUCGUCAGAAGUGCGGUCUGCUUGGAAAUGAACCUUUGCUGCGGGAUUACGAAGAGAGAAGAGAUGAGAGUGUUGUCCUGACAGAGAGGGUGGAGAAAUUGAAAAUGAAGCAUGCAGAGCUGACAAUGAAUGCAACAGGAGUAAAGAAGAAAAUCGAACACACAAAACUACCACAAUAGCAAAACUGGUGAAUUUUUAUUGAUUAUUUAUUACAAUUGCCUUGAUCAGAGGGUAUAUAACUACUUGUGUGAUAUAUGUAAUGUAAAUAAAAUAUUUUAGGGUAAAAAUAUUUUAAAGUAUUUGUAUACAAGAGAUAAAAACGCUUUUGACAGAAGGCCUCGUGGUCAAAAUGCAAAAGUAUUUUAGCUUGAUCUGAAGAUGUUAGAACACCCACAAGAGAUCACUUUGAAUUUAAUGUUUCAUAUGCCUUAGCAUAGCUUCAAAAUAUAACUGCAUUAACUAUU